AUGAGCGCGGCGCAAACCAUGAUAACCCUGGCCAGGAGCGCUCGAGAAACGGAGCGUGUGGAGCGCGAUCGCUUGGAGCGGGAGCCGUCCUUUGUGUCUGCGCGUUCGCCUUCAUCGGCUGUCGAUGCGUCUCCGUCGCCUCCGGACGCCGAUGGCUCGUGCUGGUCUUCUGAGACCGCAUUGGAUGGCCGCGUGUUUCGCCGACUGCAGCGCUUCCACCUCCUGCCUUCGGAGCUCAAGGCGCAAUCCGACAUGGUGGCCACGUACCUACUGGCGCCGAGAGUGCGUCGAAAGGUGCUCGAGCAGCGGAAGCAUUGGUGGCAGCACCCGCUGCACCUGUCGAAGGCUGGUCUGGGCACCUUUGUGCAGGGCCGCGAGCUUUUGAAAGCCAUCUUGGGCUACCUCUUGCUGUCCCACGCGGCCAACAACUCGCUCCGCGAUGCGCAGCAACUCGCUGAAGGGCUCGUGCUCAGUGGCUUCUUGUCACCGGUGCACGAGGCGCGAGAAGCUGAUGACGAGCCUCUGGGCGAGCUGUACGUGUCGGAUGACGAGUACUACGAGCUCGUCGCUCCCGGAGCCACCGCGAUUCCGGCGCGACAAACUCGAACCGCGCUCUCUGUCUGGGCGGUGACGGACGGCGCGACUCGAGCGGGUUUCAGCUGCUACGCAGUUGUGAACAAGACCAAGCACCAUUCGCUCGUACUGUUCGAGACGGACGUGGCAAGACACGAACUUGUGCGCAUUCUCAGCUUAAAGAGCAAGCCCGAGCAGGAGCAGUGGCUGCUUGCGCUGCUGGAUGCUGGCGCAGCGUUCCUGGAGACCCACCCGGCGAUUCUGUCAUUCGCAUCCUCAACGGCCUCGCUGUACUCACUGCGCGAUACGGACGCGAACGGCAAACCCUUCUGUCUGUCAGAGCUGCGUGGUCACGUGGCAUUGCUGGUGAAUGUGACCAGCGGCUCCUGCAACACCAACGCCGAGCAGCUUCUGGAGCUCGCGGACCUGUCGAAGAAGUACGAAGACGCUGGCCUGAAGGUGGUGGCGUUCCCAAGCGCUCAGUUCGGCGACGCUGAAUUCGACAACGACGAGGAGCUGGUGGAGCACUUCCAGGAGCUGUUUGGAGUCCGCUUCCCGGUGCUGACCACGCGCGACGUGAACGGCCCGAACGCGCGCGAUGCGCUGCUCUUCUGCAAGACGCGAGUGCCGGGAGCUGCCAGAUCCGCAGCGAACGCAUUCAUCGAAAACAACUUCGUCAAGUUCCUCGUGGAUCGCGAAGGUCGGCUGGUCAAGCGGUUCGGCCCCAAUGACUUGCCUCUGAGCAUGGAAACUGACAUCCAAGAGCUGCUGUAG